GGAAGAUCAAGACGAAGAAGAACCAAGGCUACUCAAGAAUGGAAUUAACAAGGGAAAUGGCGGUCUUUUUGUGACAUUUUUAGCACUGUUGGUUAUUCUGAAACCUCGAGAUCAUGUAUUUUCACUGUCGUGGCGUUAGGAAACAGGAUAGACCCCUAUCUUGAACUUUCCAUCCAAGCCAAGGCCAACUGGCAGUGCAGCGCAGGUCAACGACUUGCACGCAAGUGCUAUUGGUAGCGGUAUUGUAUUCGCUUUAUCAUUGCCUGGACCUGUGUGAAGGAAAUUAAUGAGAUUGAUCGUUAAGAGGAAAGAUCGCCCCGCGCCUAUCCUACCGCCCUAGGCAUUCUGUUGUUGGUCUAAUACUCUGGGUCUAGACUACUAGAUUUAGGCUUAGCCCUGACAUUAGACUAAUUCUGCUUCACUGUAGUGGACUCAUUAGGCAUAUGAAUGGUAAUAAAAUGGCUGAAAAUGGAUCAGAAACCUCUGACAUCAGUCAGACUUCAGAUCAAAUUAAGGAAGAUGAGGGAAAACAAGAUCAAGAAGAAGAUGAAUUCCUCCCUGAAAAGGUGACGUCACCAGCAGGAGAGGAAUCAGAUAAUUCUAUCCUGCCUCGACGGUCCAGUCUUAUCAAGGAUUCAGCAAAGAAAAAGCCACGUAAAAAGACGGUUUCAUUCUCGAGUUUUCCUGAAGAAAGGCCAAUUUCAAAAGCCUCUGAUUGUCUGUCAAUAAUGGAAGCUGGAAGUGAAUUGGUGAAAGUAAGGUCUCCCUCGAGACAAUACAAUCGUUUCUUUGCUCUAAGUGAAGACCGGUCCGAGCUUCGGUGGCAUUCAUCUUCAAAGAAACCGGAAAAAGCAAGAAUUUCUGUUGAGAGUAUAAAGGAAGUACGACUGGGGAAGACGACCGAGAUGUUCAGGUCUCAAAACAUGGCAAUGGAUUUCCCUGAAGAUUGCGCGUUCUCUGUGAUAUUUGGUGAAUCAUAUGAGACUCUGGAUCUAGUAGCUGCCACACCAGACGAAGCCAAUAUAUGGGUGACUGGUUUGUCUUAUCUUAUAGGAGGAAAUACAACACCGGAAGCUAUAGAAAGGAAUCAAGAAUUACGAGAUUCGUGGUUGAGAGAUAUGUUCAACAAAGCAGCUGGUGAUUCAUUAGGUCAGCUGGAUGAAUGUGAAGUCAUGCAGCUCAUGAAGAAACUUAACAACGGUGUCGCCUCAACUAGGAUUAGACACAAGUUUAGGGAAAUGACCCAACCUAGGAUGUACCAGGAGCCUGGGGAAGCCAGGCCUACUCUAUCAAGCAGUGAAUUCUUAGAAUUAUUCAAAGAGAUGUCAACAAGACCUGAAAUCUAUUUCCUACUUGUAAGGUACUCGAGUAGUGAAUUUAUGACAUUGGACGACCUCAUGAUAUUCUUAGAAGCAGAACAAGGGAUGACUGGUGUAACAAAGGAAAAAUGUCUGUCACUCAUACAACGCUAUGAAGUUUCUGAAGAGGGUCGUCAAAAGGGAUACCUCGGCAUUGACGGUUUCACAAGCUAUCUAUUAUCAUCAGAAUGUGAUAUCUUUGACAAUCUUCAACGGAAAGUUUGUCAGGAUAUGACCCAACCGUUAUCUCACUACUUCAUUGCUGCUUCUCAUAAUACGUAUCUAACUGAGGACCAACUUAAGGGGCCAUCCAGUGUAGCAGCCUAUGUGUCAGCAUUACAGAAAGGAUGCAGAUGGGUGGAAUUGGACGUAUGGGAUGGGGGCAACAAUGAACCUAUCAUCUACCACGGCCAUACACUCACAUCUAAAAUACUCUUCAAAGCAGCUAUUGAAGCGAUUAAUCAACAUGCGUUUGAAACGUCAGAGUAUCCAGUGAUUGUAUCGAUUGAGAACCAUUGUAGCGUUGAUCAACAGAGAGUAAUGGCCCACUAUAUCAAGUCUGUGUUUGGUGACAAGCUUCAUAGUGAGACGAUAGAUGAAGACCUUUCAUACCUCCCUUCACCUCAUCAACUGAAAGGCAAGAUUCUCAUCAAGGGUAAGAAGCUAGCUGAGGAUAUAGAAGGAGACGAAGGUGAAGUCACUGAUGAAGAUGAAGGAUCGGAUACAGACAGAGGAAAGAAGAUUAAAAAGGAUGGAGUGAAGAAGAGGCCAUUAAUAAGAGAGUUAUCGGACCUGGUUACACUAUGCAAAUCAAUUCGCUUUCCAGGAUUCAACGAAGCAAGACAGAAUCAGAGGUACUGGGAGUUAUGUUCGUUCGUGGAGAAUACAGCAGAGAAGUUUGCCAACAUGUGUCCUGAGGACUUUGUGAGUCACAACAAGAGUUUCCUAUCCAGGGUGUAUCCUAACGCAAACAGGGUAGAUUCAACCAACCUCAACCCGCAAGAUAUGUGGAAUGUUGGAUGUCAAAUAGUGGCUCUAAAUUACCAGACGCCAGGAUUAAUGAUAGAUCUCUAUGAUGGAAAGUUUCAGAUGAACGGCAGCUGUGGAUAUGUAUUGAAACCAGCUAUCAUGAGAGAAGAGAUUGCAUAUUUCAGACCGAACUCAUUUGACGUGAUUCCGGGAGUAUCGCCUCAGAUCCUUCACAUCAAGAUCAUCAGUGGCCAACAGUUCCCUAAACCAAGGGGAUCAGGAUCUAAAGGAGAUGUGAUAGAUCCAUACAUCUCUGUAGAGAUCUUCGGCAUACCAGCCGACUGCAGAGAGGAACGCACCAAGACGGUACCUCAUAAUGGUUACAACCCGAUCUUUGAUGAGAGCUUUGAGUUCUCCGUCAAUCUUCCAGAGUUAGCCUUGGUGCGUUUCGUGGUCCUAGAUGAUGACUUCAUAGGUGACGAGUUUAUUGGUCAAUAUACCAUACCAUUUGAAUGCCUACAACCAGGAUAUCGUCAUAUAACCCUCCUAUCAAACACUGGAGAACCAUUGAAACCUGCAUCUCUCUUUGUUCAUGUAGCAGUAACAAACAAGAGAGGAGGAGGGUGGCUUUCCCCUUGGGACUGGCAGAAACCAACAAAAAGAGGAAUGUCUGUGAAGAAAUCAAAGAAAUCUAGAGAGUAUACAAGGAUGAAACCCAUUGGAGUCAAGCCUGUCGAUGAUGCAUUCAAGACUGCAUUGCAACCGUUGCGAGAAGCUAUAGAUUUACGUGAGAACAUACAGUGUACGAUGUUGAGUUUCAAGGAGUCUUGUGGUUUGGCAACGAUGGCCAAUCUUAAGCAGUGUGUAAGAUCGUUGUUUAAUAGAUUAGCUAAGACCACGGAACAAGUAUCUAUAAUGGUGGAGUUGGAUGGGGACACGACGCUUCUCAGACUGGAGGGAAACGCUCCUAACGUACUACGGAAAGCAAUAAUGGCUUAUACCACACUUGUAGAGGAAUGCAAGAAGUUAACGGAGCAGGCUGAAGGGAUCUCUGUUAGGAUAGAUGAAUCUCACACGGCAGGAAUGCAAUACCAUGAUAAUCUGACUGAGCUGCUAAUUAAAGAAGGAAUCAAAGGACGCAAGCUAACGCGGUCUACCGAGAACUUUGCUUGGAACAUCCGUGUGUUAAAAGGUCAAAAGGAGGUCAUCUUGGGUGCUAAAGAUGAAUGCCAGGAAUGGAUGAAACAGGUGUAUGAGACAGCCACUUCUCUAAAGCAGUCACAUGUCGGUGAUAUACAAGAAGAAGAUGAAAGUAGAUGAUCAGGUCCUACCCAUAGGGGGCGGUCUUUGUGUCCGUGUUCUUUACUACAUAACCUAUGACCCUAGAAAUGAUGCGAUUGUGGUUAGGGAAAGCCCCUCUUUCGAUUGUUGUAAACUGCACGUGUCCAAUGGGUGAUUUCAAGUUCAGUGUUGACCUUUUGGUGUUGGUGUUGGCAUUCGGUCAAUAUUUUUUGGAAUAUAACACCAUACAUUAAAUGAUGAUGGUCCUCAAAAGUCACCCACUAGGUAGUGAGUUCUCAAUAGUGUGAUUUGGAUUAUUUGAGUAAACUCAUACCCUUUUCAUAAACCUAUCCUCCAAUUAGCCGCCUAAGAGUAAUGCGGAUAAUUCAAUAAAAAUUGCGUUCAU